UUCCUAAAAGUGUAAUGGCGAACGUGUUGGUCAUAUUGAUUGUUUAGACGCCUUCGUCUUAAUAUUUGUGGGAAUUAUUUUAUAAAUUAUUUGUAAGACAUUCAGAACCUUCUGAUAGUUUCCUCUGUUUUGGAGGAGUUACUUUCAAUUGUUUUAGUGUCUGCAGUGAAGGUAGAAUGCCCAAGAAGCCUGAUCCGAAGGAGGUGGAAGUGAUUUGUAUAAAGGAAGGAGACUCCUCUGAUGAAAUGCCAGCAGACGAGGCAUCAGAGAAGCCCGAAGAGGGUGAAAAGGCCAAAGAGGACGCAAAGUCGAAGGAGAAUGGGGAAGGGCCGGCUGGCAAGAAAGCCUUACUGCGACCUGUGGUGAUUUCGCUGAAAGCAAUCGUGGACCAACUGAUGGAGAUGACCGAUCCAGAUUUAGACGCGGAGCAGAAAGACGCCAACGUCUGCACUAAGGCCAGGAAGAUCAAGCAGCUAGCAGAUGACUUAAUAUCUCUUGCUCUUAGGAAAACACAAACUAAAUCUCCAGCUGAGUACCAGUAUGUUACCAAGGUCCAAGGUCUUCGCCCACAACAUUUCAAGGAUAUGAGGAACUUGCUUCAAAACGUCGUCGGCCUGGGAAUGGUGAAGAUCUCGACCGGGGCUCGCAACUCCCCUUUUGUGGACAUCAACUUCCUCUCGAAGGAGUGCAUGGAGAAAGGCCUGGAGAUCAUCCGUGACAAGCCUCUGGGCCUUUCGUUGAGCGUUAUCGAGACGAAGAUGGUGGACAAGUCCCGCCUGCCGCCGGAAUGCGUGCUGAGCCCCUUGGACAAGGACCUCGACACGACGACCAUGCUGAAGGAGUCCCUGCUGCGCACCCGGGAGCUGACGGAGGAGGAGUGCAGGAGACUGGUGGAGUGGAAAGAUAAGUUUGUCCGACAUUCACUCGCAAAGAUGUGCGAGAGCAUGGACCCCGACAUCCACACUAUCGUCAAGGACCGCACCGAGGGGUAUUUCUACAAGUUGGAAAAGAUCAGAGCCACCAUUCCACCUGAAACCGCUUCUGAGCGCUACCAAACGUACAGCGGUGUGAAUCCAGAGACUGGUAAAUUGGAGAUGGGCUAUUGGGUGUUGGGUAGCGAUGUUCCUUCACGGUACCCACGGAGCCCAUGCAUCAAGAGGACCUUAAAGGUGUUCACAGAAUUCAUGGAGUCAUCCGGGAAGCCCUUGUACGACCUGCGGGUCCGUAAGGGCUACUGGCACUCUAUAAUGUUUCGCUCGAAUCACGUGGAUGAGUGCAUGGUGGUGCUGCUAUUGCGAACCGGGAACAACGCGGACACGGAAAAGGACUUGGAGGCCCUGAAGCCACAGCUGAAGGAACUGGUGGAGACGGGCCCCGGCAAGGACUGCGGGGUCAAGUCCAUCCACGUGAAAACUAUCAGCGAGUCUGGCCGGUCCGGCAGCUGCCACCUGGUGCACGGGGAGGAGCACCUGGACGACGAGGUGGCGGGGGUGAAGCUGCGCCUGUACCUGGCCAGCCUGUUCUGGACGGACUGCGGCUCCACGGAGCUGGUGUGCUCGGCGCUGGCCGGCGAGCUGGGGCUGGGCCCCGGGACGGGCGUGCUGCAGCUGGGCGUGGCGACCGCCCUCAUCUGCAUGUACCUGGCCCAGCGGUGCAAGGUGGUGUGCGCGCUGGACCGGAUGCAGACGGUGAUCCCGCUGGCCAAGGAGAACGUGGAGCGCAACGGCCUGAAGAACGUGGUGCUGGUGCAGGGCAGUCCUGCCACCACGCUCACCUCGCUCAGGACCCACUUCAAGGAGUGCGAGAGCGUUCACGCCGUCGUCCUGGAGACCUCCAGCAACUCCCGCAACAAAGAAGAAAUUUUGAGUUUACGCAAGUCACUUUGGAUCAAAAAGGUGGCAUAUAUGAUUAUUUCAUACAAGGACGUAACAACCUCUCUUAGGCUCUUGUGCAGUAAGAAUACAGACACUUCGGAGCCAUUUGUAAUAGUUAAGGUGAUCCCCUUCGACGUGACCUCGACGAGCUUCCGGCCGGACGUCCUGCUGAUGCUGGAGCGCCCCUCGGUGCUGGAAGGCCUCACAGAGAAGCGGGUGCCCGCGACCAAGCCCGUCAGCCGGCCGGACGUCGCCAGGCCCAAGGCCGGUCUCCUGGCCAAGAGACCGCGGCUGAGCAACGAGAUGUCGCCGUCUGGGCUGCGUCCCCGGGCGCUCUUGUCGGGUCCCAGUGUUCGUCCCCCGCUGAUGCGAGAACCACUCUUGCCAAGCAGUAGAGGCUACAUGGACAGAGGUUUUGGUCCCAAUCCCGAACGCAAUAUAGGUUAUGGGUCUCAAAGAGGCCCCAGUAUGGAUUGGUCGCAAGGUGGCAAUGUAAGGCGUACAUUGCUGCCAUUCGACAACGAAUCAGCCAGGAUCAGGGCUGCGGAGGAGGAAGAGGAGGUCUUGCUUCUGGAGCGCUCUCGGCAGAAGGAGUCUCAGCUGCAGCAGCUGCAGGACGUGGUGAUGCAGGCCCAGCGGCGACGCGUGGCUGACGGUCUCCUGCCCACCCCGCAAGUCGCCCCUGUCAUCUCUAACAUCGAGGAGGUAGUGCUGACUGCGAUCAAGAAGACGGGUCUGCUGGAGAAGGUGGCAGCCCUGACCGAAGCCCCGCGCAGCUCCCGUGUGGACCUGGAGUGCACUCGCAGAGACCCGGACGAUUGGAGCAGGUACAAGGAAGCGGAGUCAUCCGAUCGUUGGCCGUCCAGCUACCACCAGAGGGGUGCAGAUGCUCGAACAUCAAUAAACGAAUCUAGAUAUGAAAGCCAAGAUUCAUUAGGCUACCGGGACCGGGGCUCAUAUGGGUACAGCAACCGCGACGAGUCUCCGGAGCCGCUGGCCCAGGGGUCAUUUAGGUACCAGAGUCGUGAUGUCUAUGACUAUGAUGAUGGGGAUACAACCAGGAAAGUUCCCGCGUACAAGCCCAGAGGGGGUUACUAUGACUAAUUAUAACUGACCAUACUGGUCUGUAAAACUGGGGUUUUUAGCCCUCCCAUUUUGACAGCUGCCCAAGACCAUUAGUC